AGCAUGCUGGGAAAGGUAGUUCUCUCCGGGGCGGAGCUUAGGAGCCCCCGUGGAUUCCCGCCGGCAGGAAAGACACGUCAGGGCAGGGUGCGUCGAGGAUGGCCCGGGAGCGGAGGCGGAAAGUCCUCGAAGCGGGGCGGUUUCAGGAGAAGGGGCCCCGGGCUGCGGCGAGGAAGGAGCGGCUGGGCGCGAGGAAGCCCCGGCUCGGGCAGCUCUGCGCUCUCCUGGCGCUGGCCUCGGGGGCGCUGGGCUGCGCCGCCUUCGCCUACAGCCUCUACGCGCGGCGGUGGCUCGCGGGUCGCGCCGUCACCCUCCACCCGGCCCCCCGCAUCCUAGAGCCCAACAGCAGCAGCCCCGCCGUCGCGCCCCAGCUCUUCUGGGGUUCCUACCGGCCCCACGUCUACUUCGGCAUGAAGACCCGGAGCCCCCAGUCGCUGGUCGCAGGCCUCAUGUGGAUGCACCAGCUGGAGGGGGACAUCCAUCUGCGCCACACAUGCGAGCAAAGUGACAGCCUCCCACGCUAUGGCUGGCUGCUUCACGACGGCAUCAAUUUUGGGGUCCAAGAGAUCCACGACAUUGGCUUCAGCUUGCAGACGGAGUUUUUGAAGCGCCCUGGGGGCCAGCACGGAGGAGACUGGAGCUGGAGGAUCACUGCUCGACCUGAGAGGACUGGGCCCCAGGUCCCCUUCAUCUCCUUGCUCUUGUACGUGGCAACUGAUGGGCAGGGGAUGCUGCAGCCUGUGGUAGAGGAAAAGACAGCCCGGCUGGCAUCCGUGACAGGCACGACGGAGGAGCUGGGCCACUUCACCAUCACCUUCCAGCAACCCACCACUGAGGCUGGUACAACACCUCUGUAUGCCAGUUACAACUACCUGCAGGCAAAGGCCGCAGGGCUGAACCGCCUGAGUGAUGUGGUGAGAGCCAGCCUGACCCCUCGCUUUGCCUACGCCCCACUAGGGGCACCCAAGCGCCGCUACUUUGGGGUGGACACGUACCGAGGCACGCCUGGGGAGGGCAAGCCAGGCAGCCAGCUCCUUGUUCAUCAGGUCACUGUGGCCCUGCCCUGCCGCCUAGAAGUGGCCUUUGAGUCAGGGAGCGUGGCUGACCGCCCUGGGCAGCUGGUGGGAGAGGCCCUGACACAAGGCCUGGGCCAGCACGUAGCUGCCUUUGAGCGUCGCUUUGAGGCCACCUUCCAGCUGGCCCGCAAGGGCUACUCUCUGCAGGAGCAGCACUUUGCCAGGGCCCUGCUCAGCAACAUGCUGGGUGGGAUGGGCUAUUUCUAUGGGCACUCGCUGGUGCAGUCUCCUCACGCAGAACUCCCCCAGGCCUACCCGGAGGGACCCCUCUUCACAGCGGUGCCCUCCCGCUCCUUCUUCCCCCGGGGCUUCCUGUGGGACGAAGGCUUCCAUCAGCUGCUCCUGGCCCGCUGGGAUCCAGCCCUGAGCCAGGAGGUGCUGGCCCACUGGCUCGAUCUCAUGAAUGCUGAGGGCUGGAUCCCACGUGAGCAGAUCCUGGGCGAAGAGGCCCGCGCCAAGGUGCCUGCAGAGUUUGUGGUGCAGCACAGCAGCGCGGGCAACCCCCCCACCCUCUUCUUGGCAUUGCGGCAGCUGCUGGCUCAGGGCACAGGGGAGACCAGCUACCUGCGGCGCCUCUACCCUCGUUUGCAAAGCUGGUACAGCUGGUACAACCACACGCAGGCUGGGCCGCUGCCCUACACCUUCCGCUGGCGUGGCCGAGACCAGGAUACCCAGAUGUUCCUCAACCCAAAGACCCUCACGUCUGGGCUGGAUGACUACCCAAGGGCUUCUCACCCCUCUCCGGAUGAGCGCCACCUGGAUCUGCGCUGCUGGAUGGCUCUUGCCUCAGCUGUCAUGGCAGAGGUGGCCACGCGGCUGGGGGAGCCAGCAGGGGACUACCAGCACAUGGCGGAGGUCUUGGCUGACAACCAGCUGCUGGAGCAGCACCACUGGGCCCAGGCCCUGGGCACCUUUGCAGACUAUGGGAACCACACCCAAGCCGUGGCCCUGGAGCGCGAGAAGCUUCGGCCCCCUCCCCCAGGCCAGCCUCUCCCCACCCCACGGCUGUUGCGGGUGGCCCGCAAGCCCCCCAAGCUGCAGUUUGUGGGGGGUGCCUUUGGCUACGUGAGCCUCUUCCCUUUGCUGCUGCAGCUCCUGCGCCCCGAUUCACAGCACCUGGGCAGCCUCCUGGCAGAUAUGCGCAGCGAGAAGCACCUGUGGACCCCCUUUGGCUUGCGCUCCCUCUCGCGCACAAGCCUGUUCUACCUCAAGCAUAACACUGAGCACGAUCCUCCUUACUGGAGGGGGCCCAUUUGGAUCAACAUCAACUUCCUGGCCGUGCGGGCGCUGCACUACUAUAGCCAAAUGGAGGGGCCAUAUCGGCAGCAGGCGGCCACCCUGUACCAGGAGCUGCGAGCCAACGUCAUUCGCAAUGUCUUCCAGCAGUACCUGGAGAGUGGCUAUGUCUGGGAGCAGUAUUGUGACCACACCGGCAAGGGCCAAGGCUGCUACCCUUUCACAGGCUGGUCGGCCCUGGUGGUGCUCAUGAUGGCUGAGGACUAUUAGCAGCGGAUGGGUUGUUGGGAACUGUAUAUGGCUGGUGCUUUUAGAGGGCCAGGCUGCCUCUGCCUGCUCUCAGUGGGCACUCUGCUUGCCCUCCCUCAGGUGUCUGGGCUGGGGCAGCCUGAGUCAGGAUCCUGGGGAGAUGACCUUGGCUACUCUCCUUCCACCUUAGUCCGGGAUCUUUUUAAUUUUCUAAUGAAAUAAAGCUGUGAAGCCGGAA